GAAUAAAUGAAAAAUACAACAAAUGACAGUGUUUCCGGAAUCACUGGUUCCGGCAGAUUCGUGGAUAUCCGCACAUCGACGCAAAAUUCCUUGCCCUGUAAUAUUUACAUCUGAGAUGAGGAUAAGAGCAUGGAAGCAGGAACAGGGCAUUCGUCUUAUUUUUUACGUGAAACUACAACGAUUUUGCUAGUGUUUGUGAACAUUGAGUUGUGGCUCUGAAUAUGGGCUCUGGAUGCUGCCAGACACAGACACGUCCUCACAGAGCUGUUCUUAUCUGCAUUCCAUAAGCAGCGCCAGGGAUAAACUGAUAUCUAUGAGAUUCUCGUUUUGAUUUGUGUUGUUUGGAAGUGUCUGUUCUGGUUUCUAAAUUCAUUGUUGGGAUGACCUGUAUUUCAUGAACAGCAGCAAUAUGAAUAGAUAAGUGUAUCUUGUUGACAGCUAAACAUAAGCACUAGUAUCUAUUUUUUUCAGAAAGUGUUAUGCAGUGAAUUUUUAUUAUGGACCAUAUAUAAAACAUUUUAUUCAUAGUUUACUUUAUUCGCCCUUGCAUAAUCCUAUCAGAUUAAAGACUGCUGCAUUUCUAUCACCACUGGAUGAAAUUAUAUUUGACAAAAUAUAAUUUCUCUCUAUUUUCUCUCUAUCUCUCGCUUCGAUUACUAGACAUUAUUUCAUAUUUUACACCCUGAUAGCAUGAUUUUGAAUUGAUAAAAAGAAAAAAAAAUUGUUUUCGAUGUAAAUAUGUGAUAUGUUUAGUUAAAAUAUAGAAUUAAUUAUUUUUUCUUAAAUCCUUCUUUUAUCCAUUACCUUCAGGAGACGAUAAUCUAUAUUGAUAUGAAAAUUAGAUUACAUUACGAUAAACAAUUCGACUUGACGGUUUUAUCUUGCUGUUAAUGGGAUAUUGUAUCGUAAUAUCGUAAAGUCUCGGUCUCUAUUCUUUUUAUCUCUAUCUAUGUAUCUACCUAUGUCCAGUUAUAGAUUUAGCUUUCUAGAUUUAUAAACGUCAUUUUCGCUGUCCACGAUAUACUUAAUUUGAUAUCUUACACAACGGCAACGAGUUUGAUUUUGAUUUUAAAGUUUAAUUUCAAUUAUUUACAAGCUAAAAAAUAUACUAAACACAAUUUUAUGAUAACGGUUGAAUUUUCUCUUCUUUCUCUCUCUCGUAGAAAGUCCUGGCUACAUAUGUAACGUGCAUGUACAAAUGAAUGGUAAAACAUAAUCUCUCUUUCUACCUAUCUUUAUUCACAUAUCUAAGUUCGUUUAGUAAUAUGCGUCUAUCUACAUUUCAGUCUCUCCUUGUACACGAAAAGUGAGAGAGAGAGAGAGGGGAGUGACGGACGGAAACGAAUAUAAUAAAAGAGAAAAUAAUGAUAGCGCUAAUAAACGUCAUUCAUACCCGUGGCAAUGCAGAUAAGAAUAAUAAUAAUGAUAAAGAGGCAAUGUGAAUGAUCCUGAGCAAUAAUAAUGGUGAUAAUAUUGACAAUGCUGAAAAUUAAAAAGGGAUUCAUAUGAUUAUAAUAGUUUUGAGAUGGUAAUGAUAUCAAUAAAAUCAAUUUGUGAGAAGCAAAGUCGUUCAUCUUUGUAUUUGGAAUAUCCGUCUUUAUCUAGCCAUACUGCAUGUGGAUGGAAUCAUGAAUUUUUUUGUUGUGCGAAUGGAAGCGGCGGCUCGUGAAGCCUCAUGUAUUUGAAUCAUGUGAGAUUCCUUCUGUUUACGACCCCUCGAAGCAGCUGAGACGAAUCGUUUGAACCGCCAUAGAGAAAACAUCUAUACCGGUAAACAUAAAAGAAAAUUUUAGUGUAUAUAUGGACGCUAAAAACAUUCCAGACCCAGGAAAAAGUCCUGGAAAAGCCCAGCAAAUGGACUAUGAAACAUUAAACAACAGAAGACGUAAAAACAGUGGCAGUGAUACAGAAACAAACCCACCGUCCAACACCGGAACGAAGAAGCCGGAACUUCAUACAGUUUCAACCAAUAGGAAACAACACCGAACCCAGGAAUCAAAUAUCCAGACGCAAUGGGAAGGGUUAAAAAAACAAGGCGGGAAGCCAGAGGGGUUCCUCAGUGAAGUUAGAACUGCUAGAGAUGAUGCCAACAGAAAAAACAAUCGUGCAGUUAGUAAUGUUGCAGAUAUGAAAAUAUGGUAUAUGUUUGUAAUAAUGAAAAUGUUGCAAACUCUGCACGACCUCGAGUUUGUGCGUUUGUGCGCAUGUGUGCAUCGUGAGUGCGGAUUCGUCUCCACGCUCUCCAUGGUGUCCUCGCUGGGCCUCUGCUACGACGCUGGCCCCUUUCGGCACACAACUUUCACCAUUGGAAGUCGCUUGAAGAGUUGAAAAAAAUCGAGGCCAUGAAAACAAAGCUAAAACAUAGAAAAAUACAAAAUGAAUAAAAAUUCUCCAGGGAUGAAAGGUGGCUGCCAAGAAUGUCCACAAAUGGUGGCACACACGAGGACAUAAAAGCUCCAGUCUUGUCGCCGAUUACUCUCUUGGGUUGUUGGCUCGUCUGAUCAGUGUUGCUCGUGGAACGCUCGGCCUCAUUGGACGCGUCACUGUUGUUUUUCUUCAUUUUAGUCUACAAGAGAGAAAGUAUAUUUACAUCUUUUGUGCAUUGUACAUUUUGAGAAUAUAUAGACUGAGAGGA